CGCAGGGCCGCGCAAAGCCGCGUUGCAUGCACUCUUCUUAGUUCUGUUCAGUUUCGCUCGGAUAUCCGUGCAACGAGUGACCUUCGUGUGCUGAUCGGGACCGUCAGCGUAUCUGUCAAUAGUUGUCCGAGAUCAUUCCCUUAUCGCGAGAAUCGGCCGCGUGUCGAGACCGGCGUUCGCACGAUCGGCGUCGCGACGCGCCGGAGACACGCCUGUCGUCACGAUGGGGAAAAAAAAGGAUGCGUGGUUCAUUUACGACACGUUCGUAUUUUUUCAGCGGGAUUGAUUGACUCUCAUCAUCCUAAUGUCGAGUCUCGAUGUUCUUCCAUCGUAAAGUUGCAGGAGAAUUAAAUAGAACGUGUAAGAGACAGUGAAUUUUAAGAUUCGAGUUUUGUAUUUAUCGCGAGAGAGAGAGAGAGAGAGAGAGAUUCGAAGAUAUGUUGAUUUCGUAUUUUGAUUGACGCGACGAGCGCGACGAUCAAACGGCCGAUUUCAUCGAGAAUGCGGUAAGACGAGGGUCGCAAAGGGACGAGGGAGAGACAAAGAUCCGGAAGGAUGCACGUAUAUCACGCCCCGCCGGUGCUUUUCAAUUACACGAAUCUAGAUCGCGAGGCUGUUAGCAAAUUAAGCGGGCUUGAGAGCGGACUAUGCGGGUUGAGCGCGAUAUAGAAAGAGGAGAGAACAACGACCGGCAGCACGGCCGUCGCGAUGAGCAAUCGUCUUGCUAUAAAUUCGCAUUUACAAAGUAGAGACAUAACGGUGCCAUGGAGCGUAGAGGCAAGAAAGACCGGAAACCGUCGAUUUAUUCGAUAAGCUCGUCUUGAUUUCGUUUUCCGGCAAUUUCGUUGUGCGAAAGUACGCGGAAUUACGCGCGCGGGCAAUUUUUUCUUACGGCCUGCAGAAAUCAUUCAUCCUUCGCUCGAGGAUCGAGCGCAACAGCACACGAAGAAGAAAUCGAUCAGCACGAAAUGACUAUGAGAGAUAAAAAAUGAGGUGCCUAAUCUUAACCCUCGGUCUGCUGGUUUCGGUGCAAGGACCUACCCGUUGCACGGCCGAUCAUAGGAUACACGAGGAUCGCGCAUCGGAGCCGCUCGAUCGAGGGCCAUAUUUUGAUGUCUCUGUCUCUCGCAACGUGACAGCCCUCGUCGGCCAAACGGCAACGCUGAACUGUCGAGUACGAAAUUUAGGUGACCGAACGGUGUCAUGGGUGAGACACAGGGAUAUCCAUCUUCUCACCGUGGGCACCGAGACAUAUACAUCGGACCAGAGAUUCGUCACGUUACAUUUUCCGCGCACGGAGGACUGGACGCUACAAGUAAAAUACCCUCAACGACGAGAUUCUGGCACAUACGAGUGUCAAGUAUCCACUACGCCGCCCAUAGGUCAUUCUAUGCUCCUUUCUGUCGUCGAGCCUGUGACGAUGAUUAUUGGAGAACCAGAAAUGUAUAUAAAUAAGGAUAGCACUAUGAAUUUGACCUGCGUUGUACGACAUAGUCCUGAACCACCAUUUACCAUUAAAUGGACGCACAAUAAUGAGGCGAUCAAUUAUGACAGUCCGAGAGGAGGGGUAUCGGUUAUCACGGAGAAGGGCGAAGUAACGACGUCGUACCUUUUAAUUCAACGUGCUCAACCAGCGGAUAGCGGACAAUACACCUGCCAUCCCAGUAACGCCAACACAAAGACAGUCUUAGUUCAUGUACUUAAUGGGGAACAUCCGGCUGCGAUGCAACACGGCGGACAGUUAAGAUUAGCCAAUUUACCUUUUGUAAUGAUCUCGACCACGCUUUUGACCUUUUUGAAUCAUCCUUAUUAGACGUAGAAGUGGACCAUUAUAAAUGUUAGUUUGAGAUAUCCAAAUUUAUUUUUUGUUUGUUUUUUUAUUAUUCGAUUUUCGUGAAAAGAAGCAUGAAUAUCUAUUAAACACUCUACAGAAAAAAAACUCGUAUGAAUAAAAGAUCGAUAAAAUAUACUGCAAGUUGAAAAGCCUUUUUACGAUAAAACAUGUGACUUAUUACUUUUUUUUUACAUUGGUUUUAAUAUAUUGUAUGUUUAAAUAUAAAUAUUUAAAAUACUGCUAUAUCAUUCUUUAUCAUUUACUGUUAUCAAAUUUAAAAUUAAAAAUUUUUAAAUUGAAGUGUUUUUAUAAAUAUAUUUCUCAAUAAAAUGUUUUCGGUCCUUUUUAUAUUAAAUAUAUUCUUUGCAGAUUUAUAAACUUGUAUUAUCUACGUCAAUAAGAGCGUACCUCGCAAAAAUUUAUAGAUGAAUAGAAUAGGUGAAAAAAGUUUUACCUUGAAAUGGAAGACAUCCAUUAAAAGAAAUAUAAAAACAAAACGGAGAUAACAAAAUCGAAAAAAGACGGAACCACUUUGCAACAACGAUGUAAAAACUACUAAAAACGAAACUACGAAACAGAUUUUUGUUAUUGCUAAAACACCGUUAAAAUGUAUGAUCUGGAUGUGAUUGGAUGAAGACAGGGUAACGAAAAUCGGAUAUAUUUGAAAAUAUAAUAAUUGUCGAUUAUUUAAUUUGGAAGGUUCAUAUCCAAGCAGCAAGUAGUGUUAAAUUUACUUUAUCACAGUUUACAAGACAAUACGUUGUGCUUGCCAAAAAAAACAUACAUGUUACUGUUUAUAAACAUAUUAGAUAUUUUAACAUAGAGAUAUGUUAAAAUUUAUCAUUAUGUUGCGAGAACGCGUACGAGAAUA